ACACUGCGUUGAGACAACUUGAUACAGAGUAACAGUAAAUCAGACAGAGCUGCUCCUACAGCACCAGCAGUGAAAUUGUAACCCUGUUGCAAGUAUUUUUGGCCGCUGAUAGGACCGAGUGAGAUCACUGCGGUCUCUUUCCUCGGAUAGACUCAAGAGUUGUUCGGCAAGAGCAACGCAGGGACCGUUUUAAGUCUCAUUUCUGCCCUAUCUUAAUUUUAUAUCACACUGGAAAUGUCCGAAAACAAGCCGAAUGAUGAACCGAAGUUAUCUACGACGGACAGGGUGGUGAAAUCUGUCCCCUUCCCCCCCAGUCACCGACUGACAGCUAAAGAGGUGUUUGACAGUGAUGGGAAGCCCAAAGUGGACGUGCUGAAAGCUCACCUAACCAAGGAGGGCCGUGUGGAUGAGGCGGUGGCGCUUAGGCUCAUAGGAGAGGGCGCCGCAAUCUUGCGUUCGGAGAAGAACCUGCUGGACAUUGAGGCUCCUGUGACAGUUUGCGGAGACAUCCACGGGCAGUUCUUUGACCUGAUGAAGCUGUUUGAAGUAGGAGGCUCACCAGCAUCCACGCGCUACCUUUUCCUGGGGGACUACGUUGACAGAGGGUAUUUCAGUAUUGAAUGUGUGCUGUACUUGUGGGCCUUGAAGAUCCUUUACCCCAAAACACUGUUUUUGCUGCGUGGGAAUCACGAAUGUCGACAUUUAACAGAGUAUUUCACAUUUAAGCAGGAAUGUAGAAUUAAGUAUUCAGAGAGGGUGUAUGACGCAUGUAUGGAUGCCUUCGACUGCCUUCCCCUGGCUGCACUUAUGAACCAGCAGUUCCUGUGUGUACACGGAGGACUAUCUCCAGAAAUCACAAAUCUUGAUGACAUCAGGAAACUAGACAGAUUCAAAGAGCCCCCUGCAUACGGUCCAAUGUGUGAUCUGCUGUGGUCCGACCCCCUGGAGGAUUUUGGGAACGAGAAGAGCCAGGAGCACUUCACACACAACACAGUGCGAGGCUGUUCCUACUUCUACAGCUACCCUGCAGUCUGUGACUUUCUACAACACAAUAACUUAUUAUCUAUCAUCCGGGCCCAUGAAGCACAGGAUGCUGGAUACCGCAUGUACAGAAAGAGUCAGACCACUGGCUUCCCGUCCCUUAUCACCAUCUUCUCAGCACCUAACUAUCUAGAUGUCUACAACAACAAAGUGACGGAGAUGCUAGUGAACGUAUUGAGCAUUUGCUCCAAUGAUGAGCUGUCAACUGAAGAGGAGCUGGACGGUGCCACAGCUUCUGCACGUAAGGAGGUCAUCCGCAACAAGAUCCGUGCCAUUGGGAAGAUGGCCAGGGUAUUCUCUGUGCUCAGAGAGGAGAGUGAGAGCGUGCUGACGCUGAAGGGUCUGACGCCCACAGGCAUGCUACCUAGCGGAGUGCUGUCCGGAGGCAAAGAGAAGCUGCAGAAUGCAAUCAAAGGCUUCUCGCCUCAGCACAAGAUCACUAGCUUCGAAGAGGCCAAGGGCCUGGACCGCAUCAACGAGAGGAUGCCUCCGCGGCGAGACGCCCUGCCUUCUGACGCCAGCCUCAACUCUCUCAACAAGGCCCUGUCCUCGGAGACCAACGGCACAGACGCCAAGGGGAGCACCAGCAGCGGCAGCAACAUCCAGUGAAGGCCCAGCAGCAAGGCGCCACCUUGGCCGACGGGGCUGCCUCGCCCCCCAGCCUCAUCGCGACCCGCCACCACAGAAAAGGGGCAGAGGGUGAAGGUGUGGGAUGGAGGAGGAGAAGGAGUGUUGGAAUGUGGAGGGGGGAGGCAUCUAUGGCUCGUAACGGGGGGACAUCUCACUUGCUAGUCUUUGGAUAUGCCUUCAAAAUAUUAGUUCAUAGUCAAAUCUGCUAAGUUAUUGCCAGGUCACAUUUCUGAAGGGUCAGGCCGUAACCGCGCUUGAUUCACCUCCACACCACAGUAUGUCAGAGAGGGAGAGAACGAUGGGGGAGAGAAAGAGAGAGAGAGAUCUUAAAGGUGAUUCAGUUUCUUGUUUUUCUUUUUUUUCUUUCUUGAAAGACCCUUGCUCAUUUACACCGAAACGGAAAGUCGUUUAACUUCUUACUAACUAUUGUACGUUUACAAAAAUACAGCACUAAAAAGGACAGAACAUGAGAUAAUGUUUUUAACAUAUAAGGGUGUACAAACUAAAUAAGGACUAUUUAUUGAUAACUUUUUGUUUUGCUACUCUUAUAAAAUAGCUCUGAAAUUAAUUAGGCAGUCUUAAAAAAAAAAAAAGAAUGUUGCAAUGUUGUGGAAAUGCCAAAUAAUGGAACGUUUUAUGGUUUUGUACAUAUUAUGCUUACCUCAGGUUCUUUUGGUGUGUGCUUUGACCUGAUUUUUCUGUAUAAUGGCUAAAUAACUCAGUAAUGAAUACCUAUUUUCUUGAGUUUCAUAACUGGAAUUUACACUUAACCUAUCUAUCAUUUGCAGAUAUGUUUAUUUUUUGUCUCUUUUGGAAGGGGGGAGGGGGGGGAGGGUAGAUUUAUUGUGGCUUGCUGGAAAUGAGUGUUAUUUUUUUUUUCUCUUUUUAAGUAUUGCGAACAAAGUAAAAAUAGAGAAACUAUAUUGUGUAAAAAAGAAAAGGAAAAAAGAAUACAAUAAAGUGUCUGCCUAUGCAUGUUUUAUAAAAAAAAAAUCAAACAAAAGGAAAUAGAACAUCUGAAAACUUUGGCUGUGGAGGCCUGUUUUGAAAUAUAUUGCGCUUUAGUGAACAUAUACUGGAAAUGUAUAACUGCAUACUUUCAAUUAACACCAUGAUGCUCUAUGCCUUCUUUUUUUUGUAAUUGAAGCAUUUAAUUAUCUAUGAUGGAUGAGAAAUGAAAUUUUUAACCUGCGCUUGUAAGUGCACACAGUCCAAUUAAGCAUGUUUGACAAUUCUUGUGAGGUGUGUGGUUACAUGUGGAACUCCAAAAUGCAUGAUUAGCUGUUCGUGUCAUAUAACAGGUGAAUCGGUUUUGUUUUGUUUUUGUAAAUGUGCCACAGGAAGUGUAAUUUGAUUAUUAUUAUUAUGACUAUUAUUUGGACCUCUGCUUUGUAUAUCAGUUACAGGUUUGAUACUGCUCAAUACUUUAAGAUGAAACGAGGAAAAAACAAACUUAGAUCUUUUUUAAGAACUGCUUUAAGUGCCCAAGUAAUUCACUACACGACAUGAAGCCUUGCUUUUGUAAUUUAACUUCAAAACUGUUGGCAGAUGAGGCAUGCACUUGCAACUAUGAAAAGUAUUUUAUAUAACUGUUCAAUAAAAAUGUGCAUGAAUUUCAACUUGAAA